AUGCAUACCGUGCUUGUGGUCUUCCGAGCCCUUGCGGUCUUUGUGACCGUCACCGUCGGCGCGGCCUCGAAGCAGGAGUACGCUUGGGUAACGACGCUCGCGGCGUACGACUUGAGCUUGCUGAUGCUGGGCUUUGCAGCCCGCUUCCGGAUGGUCUACGCGAAAGUGGUGGUUGUCUCGUCCUCGGUGGUGAAAGCGACAGAGCUUUCCGUGGUCGUGGUAUCGACUACUGCACCGGGCACCUUGACGGUCGUCACUCUCGCGACCACCUUGACAGCUACAAUGGACCACACCACCUCCCCCCCACCCGACCUCCUUGCCCUCCCCUCCAGCCUCCGCGUCAUCUCCCUCAACUGCUGGGGCCUCAAGUUCAUCUCUAAACACCGCCAUGCCCGCCUCACAGAAAUCGGCCACCAGCUCUCCAUCGCCUCCCCACCCCCCUCCAUCGUCGGCCUCCAAGAAUGCUGGACCCAGGAAGACUACCUCGCCAUCCGCUCCGCCACGCAAGACAUCCUUCCUUACGCGAAAUUCUACUGGAGCGGCAUCUUCGGCGGCGGCCUGGCGAUUCUGUCCAAAUGGCCCAUCGAAGAGACCUCCAUGUUCCGCUACCCGCUCAACGGCCGCCCGUCGGCGUUCUACCGCGGGGACUGGUUCGUCGGCAAAGGCGUCGCGUGCGCGAGGAUAAGAAUCGGACCGGGUAGGAAGGAUGUCAUUGAGGUGUUCAACACGCAUCUCCAUGCCCCGUAUGAGCGGGAACCGAACGAUAGCUAUAUCUGCCAUCGCACGGCGCAGGCGUGGGAGAUUGCGAAGCUCAUGCGUCACGCGGCAGAGCGGGGACACGCGGUGCUGGGGCUGGGGGAUUUCAACAUGGUGCCGUUGAGUCUGGCGCAUCGGCUGGUCGAGGCCCACGCGCCGGUGCGGGAUGUGUGGCGCGUGUUGAAGCCGGAUAGCGCGGUGGGCGGGGCGAACCAGGCGGCGGAGAAGGCGAGGGGGCGGCCGGUGCCGACGGCGGAGGAGUGUUUGAGGGAGCAUGGGGCGACGUGCGAUAGCAAGUUUAAUACGUGGAGGUGGAGUAAGGAGAGCAGGAAGGCGUUGGAGAAGGGGAGGGAUGAGGAGGUGGAUCCGGGGGUGUUGGAUCCGAGGGCGAGGAGGUUAGAUUAUGUGUUUUUGGCGGAUAAUGGGGUGGAGACGGGGUACACGUGGGAGAUUGUGGGUGCGGAGGUGGGCAUGACGAUGCGGCAUCCGACGUUGAGGUGUUCCUUGAGUGAUCACUUUUCGAUUGAGACGACGCUGGUGCGGUCACAGGGGGCAGGGCAGAAGAGGCAAAGGGAGAGAAUGGUGAAUCCAUUGCCAACGUCCAUGUACGACACUAUCCUCGAGAUGAUUACGAAAUACGAUGGGAGAGAGCGUAGGCAGCGACGGCAUCGCCUUGGUCGCUUCGGACUCUCCAUCGUCGUCUCGCUGGGCUGCUUCGUAGCGGUAUGGUGGUCGCCACGGAACUACGUAGCCUUCAUCCUCCUGCUGAUCAGCACACUCGGCUUCGGCGGCGGUGUACUCGAAGGCUUGAUGGGCGGCUUGUUCGUCGGCAGCGAGCUACGAGCGCUACGAGAGUUUCGACACGAGAUUGAGCGAGCUAGAGAGCAAGCGGUAGUCGCAGCAAAGCAAAACCAUCUAAUAUAA